ACACUAGUAGAAACAAUAGAAUAUAGUGAAACCCUAGGAGAGCAAAAAUGAAGUUCAACCCGAGGGUCUCGAGCUCCCGCCGCAAGAGCCGGAAGGCCCACUUCACGGCGCCGUCGAGCGUCCGCCGUGUGCUGAUGAGCGCGCCUCUCUCCGGCGACCUCCGAUCCAAGUACAACGUCCGCUCCAUGCCGGUCCGCAAGGACGACGAGGUCCAGGUGGUGCGUGGGACCUACAAGGGCCGCGAGGGCAAGGUCGUCCAGGUCUACCGUCGCAAAUGGGUGAUCCACAUUGAGCGAAUUACCCGCGAGAAGGUCAACGGAUCGACAGUCAACGUCGGAAUCAACCCCUCGAAGGUUGUGAUCACCAAGCUCAGGCUAGACAAGGACCGGAAGUCCCUCCUCGACCGCAAGGCCAAGGGCCGCGCCGCCGCCGACAAGGACAAGGGCACCAAGUUCACCGCCGAGGAUAUUAUGCAGAGCGUCGAUUGAACGAAUUAGGUUUUUUUUUAAUGUUUUUGUUCAAGAUUUUAUAUUUAGAUCUCUAUCUCUGUUUUUUUUUUUUUUUUUUAGUUUCACUGUUCUUUAGAGUUUUGUUACGAAGAAAAUUUGAAAGGUACUUUUCGUUUAAUCUAUGGUUUUUGGUUGGUGUUUAUUU